AUGCCGGUGGUGUCGAUCAGCAAGCCGUUUCAGACCCCGCUGGAGAAGUUUUGCCGACCGGAGCCGCUGUCGCUGGAGGAGGUGGCCGAAGUCAAAGCACUUCUGCAAUCCAAGGGGACACUGGACUAUUCCCGGGCGAAGUGCAAAGAUGCACGGGGGAAGCCCACGGGACCUUUCAGCGCGUCCGCGGCCAACGCCAAGGGCGACCACACCGGCUCCAGCAUGUUCGGGAGCUGGCUGAGAGAUAACUGCAUCAUCGCCUACGGCAUCUGGCUCACCGAUCCCGAUGGAAGCGGCGGGGCUGAUGCCGUGGCGUGCCUCAACGCCAUUGCGACUUUUUUGCUCACCUAUCAGUCGCAUAAGAUGGAACUAGUCAUCAACGGCCACAAGAACGUGAAGGGCGAUGAGCAGACGUGGAUGGAUCGCCCUCACAUCCGCUUCAUCGGCGAGACCGGAAAGGAGGACACCAAGUGGUACAACCACAAGCAGAACGACGCCCUGGGCUACUUCCUGUGGGCUCGAACCCAGCUGGCACUGGCCGGAAAGAUGCCGUUUACAGGCGAUCACCUCAAGCUUUGCGCGCAGCUCUUCGAUUUUCUGCGGGUGAUCGAGUGCUGGGAGGAUCUGGAUGCGGGACAUUGGGAAGAGCACUCUGCGCAGCACGCCUCCUCCCUUGGCCCGGUGUUGGCUGCCGUCCGAAGCUUUCAGAAGGCGCUGGACGCCAAUCCCGGAUGGGUCUUCCCUGGCAAGAGCGACACGCUACAGGUGCUGGAGAAGAAUCUCGCGGCUUCCCUCAAGCAGAUUCUGCCCAACGAGGUGGUCAAGCCGAAGCAGAAUGCAAAGGAUGCGGAUGGAGCGCUCAUCUUCCUUUGCUAUCCGUUGGAGGUCGUGGACGAUGAUAUGGGUGCCAAGAUCCUCCAGCAGAUGGAGAAAAUCACGGGCCACAUCGCCGUGUGCCGGUAUCGCAAGGACAGCUACUGGUGCAAGGACUACAAGGAGCUUUACGCCGACCCUACGAAGCACUUCACCGAUGAAGAGCUGAAGGAGCGGGAUGCCAACAUCAAGCCUGGCGAAGAGGCUCAGUGGUGCCUUUUCGACCCCAUGAUCAGCGCCUACUACGGCAAGCUGUACCAGAAGACGCAGAAGAGCGAGUACCUCAGCAAGCAGCAGCUGUUCCUCGCGAGAUCUCUCGCAGCCAUCACGGGCGACGAGUGCGAGUUCGGCCCCUGGAUGUGUGCCGAGGCCUACUACUUGGCCAAGGGCAAGUGGCAGCCUAACGACAACACGCCCCUGGUGUGGACAAUGGUCGACCUCAAGAUGGCGCUGUAUGAGAUGGAGCGAAGCCUGGGAGGAACAGGCCUUCCCUCCUCAUCGUUCUGCGCCAUUCUGUGA